GGCGACAGAGCAGUAGGUGCCGUGUAUGUUGACUGAACUCGAACAUCGACCACGCUGGUUGGUACUGAAGGAAAAGUCGGUCGCGGAAGCUUUGUCACGGUAUAUUCAUAGAUAGCUUGAGGCAGGUUCGGUACACCUCCGCGGAUGACUCUGAACGUAGAUUCAGAGGGCGUGAAUUACGACAAAAUGCGCCCCAAGAACCCUUGAAUACCGACUCAUGGACAAACUUGUAGCGUCAAGAGUCGCAGUGGCAUCCGGAUCUACUGUGAUGAGUGAUGUUGUUCAGGCCGGCUCCUUCUCUGCUUAUAGCGAGCUCCCUAGUGUCUUUCGAUGAUAUUGAGAUUACAUUGGGAUCAGGUAGCGUCAACGGUCGUGAUGUAAGUGAUGAAGUGCAUGACCCUGCACCUGGAACGUAUAAAAUAACAUCUAGUUUGAAAGAUAUGCAUAAUCGUAUGCCUUGGAUCCAGCCAUUCCAAAAAACGUCGACAAAAUUGCGGCGUUGAAUACUGGGUGAUCAUCUCUGCUGCUCUCUGCCGGUAUCAAAAUCGUGGUGGCCUAAAUCAUAUAUGACGACAUGGUCAGAUGAACCGGGUGAGGUAACCGUUGUAUCCGUAGGAUGUAACAGCCUUCUGCGAGUAGUAGAAAGUGACUUCGCUGCAGCGUUUGGAAAGGAAGAAAUUGUGGGGGGUGAGCUGAGAUGGAGAGAACAAGUGUGCCCGGGUGUUCAUUAAGAUGAUGACUUGCUAGAUAUUCGGACGUCAAUAUAUAUUUCAAUCCUGGAGAAAAAUAAGAUAGAAAAUGUGUG